AUGUCCACCCUGCAAGAGGUGACAUCCAACAAGCUCACAAUCACGGUCGUUGUGGAGAAUACCUCUAAUAAUGGCACUAUAGAAGAAAAGUGGGAUGACAUCCCAGAAGAGAUUAUGGUUCUUAGCACAGACGACAUAAUCUUGCGAACCCGCGCCAUCGAAAACCAGAUAAAGGCAAUGCGAUCAGAGAAAAUACGAUUGCAACACGAGCAGAAUGUGAUGAAGGAGAAGAUUAGAAGUAACAACGCGAAGAUUAAGCAGAGUAAAGUCCUGCCAUACCUCGUUGGUAACGUUGUAGAGAUCCUCGAUGCGGACCCUGAAGGAGACAAAGACCUUGCACACCGAGAUCUCAGUUUAUCGUGCAAUCGAAAAUGCGCAGUCAUCAAGACCUCAACAAGAAAGACAGUGUUCCUUCCAUUAGUCGGCUUGGUUCGUGCAGAAGACCUCAAACCAGGAGACCUUAUCGGCGUCAACAAAGACUCCUAUAUAAUUCUCGAUACCUUACCUCCAGAAUUCGACACACGCGUGAAAGCCAUGGAAGUCAUCGAACGACCGACAGACACCUACGAGAACAUGGGAGGGCUCGAGAAGCAAAUCCAAGAACUUGACGAAGCAAUUUUACUUCCGCUACGGCGCGCCGAUAAGUUCAAGACACUUGGAAUCAGGCCGCCGAAGGGUGUGCUCAUGUACGGCUCGCCAGGAACUGGAAAGACACUUUUGGCGCGCGCAUGUGCUGCACAGACCAAAGCAUGCUUCCUAAAACUCGCUGGUCCUUCACUUGUGCAAAUGUACACUGGCGACGGCGCGAAACUCGUACGAGACACGUUCGAACUUGCGAAGGAGAAAGCUCCUGCAAUUAUAUUUAUCGACGAAUUAGACGCUAUUGGGACGAAGCGAUUUUGUUCGGAGACGUGCGGCAAUCGGGAAGUGCAACGUACGACGUUGGAGUUGCUUAAUCAGUUAGAUGGGUUUAGCAGUGAUGAUCGUAUUAAGGUUAUUGCCGCCACGAACCGAAUCGAUAUCCUUGAUCCUGCACUCCUUCGUUCAGGUCGCCUCGACCGGAAAAUCGAGUUCCCUCUUCCAAACGCAUCAGCGCGAGCAAGAAUCCUCAGAAUCCAUUCCAAAAACAUGACACUAAAGGACGACGUCAAUUUCGAAGAACUUGCACGGAGCACAGCCUAUUUCAAUGGUGCGCAAUUGAAGGCAGUUUGCGUUGAGGCAGGUAUGACUGCACUUGGCAUGGGAGCAAACUUAAUCCAGCAUGAGCACUUCCAUUCUGGCAUUGGGCAGUUACAAGCGAAAAAGAACAGCAAUUAUGUGUUUUGA